UUAGGCCUACCGAACUGUGUGGAGGAGAUGUGUCCAGAUAUUCCAGUCCUGGAGAAGCUGAUGAAGGAUAUCAACGGGCUGGCGGAGUCAGGGGCUCGCUAUACCGAAAUGCCCCACGUAAUUGAGGUCACCCUGCCGAUGCUUUGCAACUACCUGCCCCGUUGGUGGGAGAGAGGCUCGGAGACCAAUGCACAGGGUCCCUGGUGCACUGAAGUGACCUCGGACCAGCUCAACACCUUGCUGGGAAACAUCCUGAAGAUCAUCGUCAACAACCUGGGCAUAGAUGAAGCAUCUUGGAUGAAGCGGUUGGCAGUCUUUGCACAGCCCAUUGUCAGCAAGGCCAAGCCCGAACUGCUCCGCUCCCACUUCAUCCCCACCAUGGAGAAGCUGAAGAAGCGGUCCGGGAAAGUCGUGGCGGAAGAGGAACAGCUGCGGCUGGAGGUCAAGUCCGAAUCGGAGGACACGGAGCUACUCAUCCGGGAUGAGUUUUCCGUGCUGUGUCGUGACCUCUACGCCCUCUACCCGUUGCUGAUCCGCUAUGUGGACAACAACAGGGCCCACUGGUUGACUGAGCCCAACUUGGAUGCUGAGGAGCUGUUCCGGAUGAUUGGGGAAAUCUUUAUUUAUUGGUCCAAGUCCCACAAUUUUAAGCGAGAAGAGCAGAACUUUGUCGUUCAGAACGAAAUCAACAACAUGUCCUUCCUGACAGCCGACAGCAAAAGCAAAAUGUCCAAGUCUGAAGAAAGCCAGUCAGGUGGCUCGGACCAGGAACGGCACAAGAAGAAACGCCGAGGGGACCGCUAUUCCGUCCACACGUCCCUCAUCGUGGCUACGCUGAAGAAGAUGCUUCCCAUCGGCUUGAACAUGUGUUCACCAACCGACCAAGAGCUGAUCAGCCUGGCCAAGAUCCGCUAUGCCUUG